CUUACAGUGAAGGAGACAGGCAGCGCUGGGAUAGGAUUGCUGGGACGGGGGCUGCCACUGGGCUGCCCAGACUUCCCGAAGGGUCAGCGGUCCCUACCUCUGCAGCCAUGGCCCAGCCGGGAGGAGGAGGGCGGGAUGCAGCGAUAGCUGAUCAGCUUCCCUGGAUUUCGCUGACGCCACAGGAAAGCUUUGCCUGAAGAUGGAAACACUGGAGUCGGAACUGACCUGCCCUAUCUGUCUGGAGCUGUUUGAGGACCCGCUGCUGCUGCCCUGCGCUCACAGUCUCUGCUUCAACUGCGCGCACCGCAUCCUGGUCUCCCACUGCGCCUCCAACGAGCCGGUGGAGUCUAUCACCGCCUUCCAGUGCCCCACCUGCCGCUAUGUCAUCACCCUCAGCCAGCGUGGUCUAGAGGGGCUCAAGCGCAACGUCACCCUGCAGAACAUCAUCGACCGCUUUCAGAAAGCCUCAGUGAGUGGGCCCAACUCCCCCAGUGAGACCCGUCGGGAGCGGGCAUUCGACAGCAACAGCAUGUCCUCCUGCGAGAAGGUCCUCUGCCAGUUCUGUGACCAGGACCCUGCCCAGGAGGCAGUGAAGACAUGCGUGACUUGCGAGGUCUCCUACUGCGAGGAAUGCCUGAAAGCCACGCACCCCAACAAGAAGCCUUUCACCGGCCACCGGCUGAUUGAGCCCAUCCCGGAUUCUCACAUCAGGGGAUUAAUGUGCUUGGAGCACGAGGAUGAGAAGGUGAACAUGUACUGCGUGACAGACGAUCAACUGAUCUGUGCCCUGUGCAAGCUUGUCGGGCGGCACCGAGACCAUCAGGUGGCAGCUCUAAGCGAGCGCUACGACAAGCUGAAGGCUGGUGAAGGCAGGUGUGCGAUCUGUCAUCAGCAAAAUUUGGAGAGUAACCUCACCAACCUUAUUAAGAGGAAUACUGAACUGGAAACUCUUCUGGCAAAACUCAUUCAGACCUGUCAACAUGUAGAAGUGAACGCAUCUCGCCAAGAAACCAAGCUGAUGGAAGAAUGUGACCAGCUUAUUGAAAUAAUACAACAGAGACGACAAAUAAUUGGAACCAAAAUCAAGGAAGGAAAGGUGGUGAGGUUGAGAAAACUGGCUCAGCAGAUUGCAAACUGCAAACAGUGCAUUGAGCGCUCGACGUCCCUCAUCUCUCAGGCUGAGCAGUCGCUGAAGGAGAAUGAUCACGCUCGCUUCCUACAAACUGCUAAAAACAUCACCGAAAGGGUUUCCAUGGCAACUGCAUCCUCCCAGGUUCUAAUUCCUGAAAUUAAUCUCAACGAUACUUUUGAUACUUUCGCACUUGAUUUUACCAGGGAGAAGAAAUUGUUAGAAUGCCUUGAUUAUCUUACAGCUCCCAACCCUCCCACCAUUCGAGAAGAGCUCUGUACAGCUUCUUAUGAUACUAUUACUGUCCACUGGACAUCAGAUGAUGAGUUCAGUGUGGUCUCUUACGAGCUUCAGUACACCAUCUUCACUGGACAAGCUAACGUUGUCAGUUUAUGUAACUCAGCCGACAGCUGGAUGAUUGUUCCCAAUAUCAAACAAAACCACUACACCGUGCAUGGGUUACAGAGUGGCACAAAGUACAUCUUCAUUGUUAAGGCCAUUAAUCAGGCUGGCAGCAGAAGCAGUGAGCCAGGCAAGCUCAAGACAAACAGUCAGCCAUUUAAACUGGACCCCAAAUCUGCUCAUAGAAAACUGAAAGUGUCUCAUGACAACCUGACAGUGGAACGUGAUGAAACCUCCUCCAAAAAGAGUCAUACACCAGAGCGAUUCACGAGCCAAGGGAGCUACGGAGUAGCUGGCAAUGUGUUCAUUGACAGCGGACGGCAUUACUGGGAAGUGGUUAUAAGUGGCAGUACGUGGUAUGCCAUCGGUAUUUCAUACAAGUCAGCACCAAAGCAUGAGUGGAUCGGGAAGAACUCUGCCUCUUGGGUGCUGUGCCGCUGCAACAACACUUGGGUGGUGAGACACAACAGCAAAGAAAUCCCAAUAGAGCCUGCACCUCAUCUCCGCCGGGUCGGCAUUUUGCUGGACUAUGACAAUGGUUCCCUUGCUUUUUAUGAUGCCUUGAACUCCCUGCACCUUUACACCUUUGACAUUACAUUUGGGCAGCCCGUAUGCCCCACAUUCACUGUGUGGAAUAAGUGUUUAACCAUUAUAACAGGCUUGCCCAUCCCUGAUCACUUAGACUCCUCUGAGCAGCUGGCAUGACUGUUAAAAGCUAACAAGUAGGGGGAUGUGUUUCCCAGGGCAGCUGCCUGCAGGAGCUUGCCUGGAGCUGGUGGACUGCGUGGCAUCUCAGUUGUUGCUGCCAAAACCAGCCAGAACCGAAAAGGGGUAGAUCUCUCUUUUCUGAGUACUAUAUGGAGAAGGACAAGAAUUUGCUUUAAUAAUACCUUAGAACUCUUUUUGCAGUUGCUUUUGUUUUGUUUUGCAUUUAGUCCCUUUCAGGAAGAUUUAUAAAUUAUUUAUA